CAUCCCUGGUCUUCCCUACUAUCUGGCGGAUUCACUAAACACAAAUGAUUUGUUUGUAAAUGAUGUCGUGUUGGAGCGUGCCCCUAGCUAUCAGUAGUAAAAAAAAUCAAGAAGAUGUUGCCAUCUGGCUUCCUUAAUGUAAGGAAUUUGAUACUUGUGUACAUUUUAGCAAUUACAUUUACUUUUGAUACUUACAUAUAUUUAAAACCAAAUACUUUUAGACUUUUACUCAAGUAUUAUUUUACUGGGUGACUUUUACUUGAGUCAUUUUCCAUUAAGGUAUCUUUACUGUUACUCAAGUAUGACUAUUGGAUACUUUUUCCACCACUGGAAAUUACCUUUACAUUUCUAGGUUGCACUUCCACUUUUGCGAUACAGAUUGAAUAGAGCCCUAGGCUUGUUCUAGUCAUUCCCAGCUUCUGAGUAAUAGUUUUGUUUCUUGUAAAUGUUUACCCCGGUGGGUCCACUGUCCACAGAGUUGCCUUAGUCAGGCUGCUCCACACACACUGGGAGGAAGAUGGCUGCUCUACUGCUGCUGUUGUUGUUAAGUGCUGGAGUCCUGCUGCCUUCUAUUGAGGCUCAGGAGGCUUAUAGUAAACUCCCUGACAUGUACAGGAAAGGAGUGGAUCUGGCUCUGCAACAACUCAACUCUCAUUUUGGAGUCCAGCACCAUUUUCUCUUCUUCAAGAGUCUCCUGAAGUCCGACAUAGAGUCUGGGUUUAAUGUACAAUACAUCUACCACAAUUUCUACUUGAAAGCCACCACCUGUGCCAGGGGAACCGUUAAUCCAAGCCAUCAGCGAUGCCAAUUCAGGAAUGACCGACCACUGAUGGACUGUGGAAUUUGUUACAAAACAUUUGCUGGAGAGAUUGAGAAAGACCCCAAGCCGUAUGUCCACUGUCUCCACAAACCAAAACUAACAAAGGCUAUGUCGACAACAAGACAAGAGCACUGUCGCAAGAUGAGCUACACCAGCGGAGCCCCGACUCUCCUAUCCAGCACCAAGAAUGAUACUGAUGAGUGAAAUACCAUAGAAUAGAUGGUUCAUGAGACAGAAUUAGAAUGUACUGCAUUUAUAACACACUGGUGGAAUUUUUAGUUUGUGCCAAGAUCACUAUUGUUUAAAGGACAUACCACCAAUUUUCAAGUUCAUAUUCAUUAUCUCCAGCACCAUACCAGUGUCUGAAAAAAAGAUCCUGUGAAAAAUGUAAAUUUGAUGAUGUCAUCAAAAGUAAAAAAAAAAAAACAUUCUAAAAACAGUGAUUUUCAAACACUAUGAGAUUCAUGGUCACGCAGGAGCAGGAAAAUGCCCUUCCCCUGGCUAGAAACUCGUUGCAUGUUUUGAAAAUCACGUUUUUUUACUUUUAAUCCUACUCAACGACGUCAUCAAGUAUAUAUAUUUUUAGGAGCUUUCUUAGUUUUUAACCACAAAAUGUAGAAACGUGUCCUUUUCAUACAUUGAUAUUGUGCUGGAGAUAAUGAAUAUGAUGUUGAAAAAUGUUGUAAUUGCCCUUUAACUACAUUUUAUAACAUUUGAUAACAACAAUAAUUUAUUGAAUGUACAUGUCUGUAUAUAGUGUACUAUUUAGUAUCUCAGCUACACUGAAAUAAUUUUUAAAAACUACACAAAAAUGACUGAAAUGACUGAAAUCAUUUUUGUGAGCCAUUGUCAUAUUGAUUUCAUGCUUCCCUUUUCCAAUUCCAACAAACAACUUCAUGACUCGGCAGACUACGAAUCAACCAUUUGACUCUGUUGUGAGACAUCGUUUUCUAGGUAAUAAAAUUCAUAGAAGAUCGAGAAAAUGG